AUGAGCAUAAAAAAAAUAUCAAUACGAAACCUAUUGUCAUACAAAGCAAUCGAUUUAGAGUUAGGAGGCAAUUUAAAUAUAUUUGUGGGUAAGAAUGGCAGUGGAAAGUCUAAUUUUGUGAAUGCAUUGCUAUUUGCAUUAACAGAUAAGUUUGGGAGUUUUGACAGGAAGAUGAUUGAAAAUAAUCUUAUUUCAGAUGAAUAGCUGCCAAUUUAGGUUUCCAUCACUUUAGACAAUGCAAAUUAGAGAUUGCCUUACAGCACUGAGGAAGUGACCAUAAUGAGACAAAUGACUACAAAGGAUGAGUUCUUUUUGAAUGGAAAAGCUGCUACAGUCUCUCAGUUUAGUAAUUUACUGCAAUGUAUUAAUCUCUCCCGCUAAAAUUAUUACAAUAUUGUCAGACAAGGUAAGAUAAGUAAGAUUUCUUAAAUGCGUGAUGUUGAAGUGUUUGAGCUUUUAGAAGAAGUGAGUGGUGUGGCAUUGUAUGAGGAAAAGAAGCAAGAGACAAUGAAUAAUAUAAAGUAAGCUUAAUAAGAGAAAGAGGAGAUAGUUAAAAUUUUGAAUGAGUUGGGUGCUUAAAUUAAAUAGUUGCAUGAUGAGAAGGAGGCCUUUAAUUAAUUGAAGGACAUUUAGAAACAAAUUUAAUUACAUGAAGUUUAGCUUUCACUAAUUUCAGCUAAAAGCUUUUAACAUUAAUUGUUGGAUCUAAACACAGAGCAAAGCAGAUUGCAUAAUCAAUUGCAAAGUCUGAUGUAAUAGUAAUAGGAUUACAGCAAUGCUUAAUUCAAGGCAAAUAAGGAGAUAGAAUUGUUUGAUUAGUUUUUUAAUGAAAAUAAAUAGAAAAUAUAAGAAUUUGAAAAGGAGGAGUAGAAUAUGUUAAAACAAUAUUCAGAUUUAUCCAUUCAAUUGAAUGAAGUUAGGGAAAGAUUACACGCUUUAAAGAGUGUCAACAAAUCAGCUAUUGAAGAGGAGUUCAAAACAACUGAAUAAAAUCUUGACAAGGAAAUGCUGAAAAUCUAAGAAUAACAAGUCAAAGUGGAUAAAUAAAUUCAAUAUUUUUAAAUCCUGUAAACUGAUGAUCCAGUUAAAUGUUUCAAAGAUGAAAUGCAAUCUCUUACAAAACAGCUAGAAGGGUAUCAGAAAGAAUUUAAGAAUGUUGAAUUCAAAGUAUCUCAAAUUAACAAGGAUUUGAAUUAAUUGAAAUAAUAGAAAUAGAAUCAAAUUAAUGUUGGAGAAGUAUAAGGCAACAUCAAAAAAACAGAGGAUAAUCUAUUGCAAUUGAGAAAAAAACUGGAGUCUACUCAACUAGAUAAUAUGGAAUUGUAAAAAACUAAAACACAUUAACAACAGAAGUUAUGUAAACUUUAGAAUGAAUAAGAUAUUGAGUGUAAUCAACUUGAUAAAUAAUUGAGAGAUAUCUUCACUGCAUCUAUUAUUAAAAUUAUGGAGUUCGCUGAAGAAAAAGGGUUGACUGUUUAUGGAGUGUUCGCUUAAUUAAUGAAUGUCAAAUAGAAAAGGUUAUUGCCUCUCAUAGAAACUGCCAGUGGUCCUCGUUUAUUUAGUCUAAUUGUACCAGAUACAUAAACUGCUAAAUAAAUUAUUGAUUUUAAUAAAGACUAAUAAGGAUCAGUCUUGAGAAUAUACCCUCUUGAUUUAAUAGAUGAUAGAGUAACUCAAUUCGAUGCUCCAAAAGAUACUAUCAAUUUGUAAGAUCAAGUCACCUUAAAUGGGGAUUUCGGCAAAAAAAAGUCUUUGAUUGCUAAGGUCAUUGGAAAAUGGAUUGCUGUUAAGGAUUAUCAGACUGCCUUAGACAUUUCAUCAAAGCACGAGAUCAACUGCAUCACUUAGGAUAAUGAAGUAGUCUAUGCAGAUAGUUUCUUAACUAAGGUAGGAGCAACAAGAGUUUAAUAAAGCAAGACUAUUUCAUUACAAAAAAUAUUAGCAAUGCAUUAAGAAAUUAAGAUGUUGACUAAGUAGGAUUAAGAGAUGGAACAAUAGAUGGAAGAGGAUUAAAAUAAAUUAUUAGAAAUUUAAAGAGAAAUACAAAACAGUAAGAAUAACUUAAACAAUUUAAUCUAAUAAUUAUAAUCUUAAGAUACAUCUGCUAUAGAGAAAAAACAAAGAGAACUGGACGCACUUGAAUAACUUGCAAAAUAAUUGGAUAUUCCUAUUUAAGACACAAGUAAUAGGAUCAAGGAUAUUCAAUAAAAAUUAAAAAAUCCAAAACAGAUUAAGAAAGGAUUGACUGAUGAUGAUAUUAAUACCUUAUAGUAGUUGGUAAAAGAGAAAUAACAAUUAUCCUAAUAAAUUACAACUUUGAUGAAUAAGAAGAAUGAAAUUAAGAUGAAAUAGUAAAAGAAGGUUGAUGUAAAUAAGAUUCAAUAAUUGGAGUAAUAAUAAUCUGAACUAAAGUAAUAAACAGACUAAUUGAAUAUGUAAUUAAAAGGAAAGCAGAAGUAUCACUAAGAAAUAAUCGAAGUUUAGAAUGAAAACAAAAAGAAUUUGGCUCAAGCCUUAAAAGAAAGAGAUAAUGCUAAGUUAGAAAAGAGUAAAAUAGAUUUAAAAAUUGAUUCUAUAAAAAAUCAACAGACUGAGUUUGAGAUGCAAGCUCAAUAGUGUGUCAAUUAAUUAGAAACCAUCGAAAAGGAUAAAAGGUUGAUUGAUGCGUUCAGUGAAUUAGAUGAGCAAUAAUCUAAAAACUAAAUCAUUAAGAAGAUUAAAGAACUUAAGACUAAAUUUAACCAUAAAUUUACUCAAAAACAUUAAAGUUUAUUUGAAAAAUUAAAUGAAAUUGAAACAAGAUUCUCAGAUUACUAAUAGAAACUAUAAAAUCUAAAGUAAAUUUAAUAAGAUUUUGAUAAUCUUUGUGAAAUUAUGGACAAGAAGGCAGAAAGUCUAUUAUAGGAUUAAUUGUAUAAAAGAUUUGCUGAAUACUUUAGACAUUACUUUUUAUAAAUUGUAACUACUGGAGAUUGUCAAAUUAAGUUGAUUAAAGGUUUAAGGAAGAACAAUAAGAAAAAUUGGGGAAUCGACAUUAAAGUUUCAUUCAAAAAUAAGGAAGUUUAGAAUUGGACAUCAUUUUCAAGUGGAGAGAAAACAAUAGUUGCCUUUGUCAUUCUAAUAUCCUUGUAAAAAUGCGAUCCAGCUCCAUUUUACAUUUUAGAUGAAUUCGAUGCUGCUCUUGAUGACAAUUACAGAAAUCAAGUAGCUCAAAUUAUCUUGAAUUUGUCAAAAGAAUCUCAAUACAUUAUUAUUACAUUUAGACCUGAACUCAUCAGCUUAACUAGUGAUUUAGUAACAUUUUACAAAGUAUCACAUCAUAAUUAGUAAAGUUCAGUCAUCAAAACAACAUAAUAAGAAGCAAAGAAAAUUCUCAAAGCAUGA